CUCUCUCUCUCUCUCUCUCCCCCACCCCCCCAAACAAGUCAAGACGAGAGAAGAGAAAGACCUAAAAUUUAUAUCUUUAUUUUAUUUUAUUUUAUGUUUGCUUCUCUAUCUUCCUGCUACGGUGCUUUUCUUCUGCAUCAGAAAUUUGAAAAGGCUUAAUUUAUUAGCUAGCUGUUUGGCAAUCUAUACAAGUUGAAAAGUUCCACCAUAUUGAAAUUGGUAUAUCGCUUAAACCAGAGCUCCGUUGAAUGGCGGUGCUCCUUUAAAUCGCAGCAUCUCCCUUUGUCACACAAAUAUUGACCUAAGCUGCUAUGCCCCCUCCUUUUAUCGCCACCUCUUCCACACCCAUCGAAUUUCUUCUUGGAUAUCACCUGGUAUCCGAUUCCAAAUAUUGCAUCCACCCAACCAAAAUUCAUUGUUACCGAAACUACUAUUCCUAGAUUAUAUUAUCCGAUUCUCCGCGCUUUUUCGAUUUCUUUUUUUCUCUUUUGACUUUAUAUCUCUCUCUCUCUCUCUCUCUCUCGCGCUAUCUAUAUCUAUCUCUCUAUUAUAUGUAUGUGUAGAAAGUGUGUAAACUACUCUUUAGGAUUGUUUGAAACGGAUUUGAGGAGCGGCCCUGGGUUUGAGGUUUGUGUGUGUGGUGUAAGAUGUUAGAUUCCGACGGCGAGCUAAACUUGGACACCGCAGUGGCUUCAACUUCAAGCCAAAGCUCAAUGAGCAGCGACAGCUGUAGCAGUUUCAGCCGACUUUCCUUCGACGCUGCGCCUGCGAUGAUCCCGACCUCUUUCUCGACCACCGGCACGGGCCAAGAGGCACAAGACAGCCUGAGCUUGAAGCCUCACCGGUCGUCGGACUUGGCCUACUCGGCCAUCCGGUCCGCCACGUUGGGCCUCAAGUCCGGGCUGACAUUCCGGGACUUCAGCCUGAUCCGGCGCAUCGGAGCGGGAGACAUCGGCACGGUGUACCUGUGCCAGCUGAGAAAGUCGGAGGAGCGGGAUGCCUGCUUUUAUGCGAUGAAGGUGGUGGACAAGGACGCUCUGGCUCUCAAAAACAAGCUCCACAGAGCCGAAAUGGAGAGGAAGAUCCUCAAGAUGCUGGACCACCCAUUCCUUCCAACUCUGUACGCGCAGUUCGAGGCCUCCCAUUUCUCUUGUAUAGUCAUGGAGUUCUGUUCCGGCGGUGACUUGCAUUCUCUCCGCCACAAACAGCCUCUCAAACGCUUCUCUCUAUCUUCCUCUAGGUUUUAUGCCGCUGAAGUUCUAGUGGCUCUGGAGUACCUCCACAUGCUAGGAAUCAUAUACAGAGACCUAAAACCCGAGAACGUACUGGUCAGAGCGGACGGUCACAUCAUGCUCUCAGACUUUGACCUUUCCCUUUGCUCUGAUGCAAUCCCAGCCGUUGAAUCCCCCGACUCCUCCCCACCAGCUACCUCAUCAUCUCCAGCUACGCCAUCCGAUUCUCAUACGCGCGCGCACGCAACAUCACCAGCCACGCUGACACCCUUCUCUUGCCUCCCUCUCCGCUUCUUCCGCUCUCGCAAGGUCCAAACGCUGACAUCCAACCGGCUCUUCGUGGCCGAACCGGUGGCCGCCCGCUCCAACUCCUUCGUCGGCACCCACGAAUACGUCUCCCCCGAGGUGGCCUCCGGUAGGUCCCACGGCAACGCCGUCGAUUGGUGGGCUUUUGGCAUCUUCAUCUACGAGAUGAUCUACGGCCGCACGCCAUUCGCCGCCCCAUCCAACGACGCCACCCUGCGAAACAUUGUGAAAAAGCCCCUCUCCUUUCCAACCCCCACGCCAUGCAGCACGCUUGAGAACCACGCGCGCGAUCUCAUUUCCAGGCUCUUGAGCAAGGAGCCGGCUUCUCGGCUGGGGUCGAAGCGCGGAGCCGCUGAAGUUAAAAAGCAUCCAUUUUUCAAGGGCCUCAACUUGGCUCUAAUACGGUCUCUCGCACCGCCGGAGGUCCCGGGUCUGAGAAGGCAAAGAACGUCGCCGUCGGAAUAUGCCAACAUUGAUGCCACUAGACAAUCAACGGCGUUCGAUUACUUUUGAGAACCAAGUUGCAACGGCGGGAUUUUGGCCAAGUGUCGAGUCAGCCCUGCCAGAUUUUGUCACUGGCAGGUGACAGUCUUGUAUAUUCGAGCUGUCCUUUUUCUUUUUUCUUUUUUUUUUUACGUAUAUAUAUAUAUAUAUAUAUCUUGGAAGUUGGAAUAUGAGAAAAGAAAAAAAAAGAAGUAAAAAUAGAAAAAGAAGCUACACGUUGUGUAUACGUAGGCGGGUAGUGGUGCAGUAAGAGGAUGUUAGAAAGGCAGCAUGGGGAGUUUUACUCCAACAGGAUUGAACCUUGGAAAAUACUGUACGACGUGCUCAAAUCACUUUCUUUUUAUUAUUGUUAUUAUUUUCUUUUUUUGCACUUUAGGCGCAACCUAACCCUUUUGUUUACGUGGCAUUAUCGGCUCUAUGACCUGCCAUUCCAAAAAAUAAUUAAAUAUUUAUACUUAUAAUAUCAA